AUGUUAGAAUCAGAAAAACUAGAGUGGCUACGUAAAAAUCAACCAAAGCUUCGAGUGUCCAAGUACAACUCUUUAGAGAAAGAGGGCGAUCAAAGUCAAGCUCCAGGAAUAAGCAUAGGUAAACGAGUUGUUUUGCCUUCUUCCUUUGUUGGCGGCCGUAGGUUUAUGGAUCAAUUGUACUAUGAUGGGAUGGCUAUAUGCAGUAAAGUUGGAUUUCCCGAUUUGUUUAUUACUUUUACAUGUAACCCAAAUUGGCCGGAGAUUCAAAGAGUUCUCGGACCUCUACAUUUGAAGCCCCAAGAUCGCCCGGAUGUCGUUUCAAGAGUUUUCAAAAUCAAAUUCGAUCAACUCCUUUCAGAUUUAACCAAAAAAGGCGUUCUUGGAAAAGUGCUUGCUUAUAUGUACACCAUUGAGUUCCAAAAGAGAGGGUUACCUCAUGCCCAUAUAUUGCUGUUUUUGCAUCCUUCAAACAAAUAUCCAACGCCCGAUGACAUUGACAAGAUCAUUAGUGCGGAAGUCCCCGAUCCCAGAAGACACCCUCGGUUAUACAAUUUGGUAAAAUCUCACAUGGUCCAUGGUCCUUGUGGUUUGAAAUGGCAGCCUACGACCGUGGUGGAUCACGAGGGCUAUCCGGUUUAUAGGAGAAGAAACAACGGACACACAAUUGAAAAGAACGGCAUCAUCUUUCAUAGUGGUCAUGUUGUGCCUCACAAUCCAAGUUUGCUAUUGAAAUACGAAGCCCACAUCAACAUGGAAUGGUGCAACCAAAGUACUUCCAUCAAAUACCUUUUCAAAUACAUUAACAAAGGAUCGGAUCGUAUUUCUGCAAUCAUACAAGCAUGUUGGAGGAUCUUUUCUUAUUCCAUACAUGGAAGGAAGCCGGCUGUAGAGAGACUGUUUUUUCAUAUGGAAGGUGAAAACUCCGUGUACUACAAAGACUACGAGCAAGUUGGUGAUGUUUUACUCAAACCAAGUGUAACCGAGUCAAUGUUUACUUCUUGGUUUGAGGCAAACAAAACUUACGAGGAAGCAAGAUUGCUAACUUAUGGUGACUUUGUUUCAAAAUUUGUUUAUCAUAAAAGAAGUCGGACUUGGAAGCCAAGGAAAAGAGGAUAUACCAUUGGUCGACUAAUUUGGGUUCCUCAAAGCACUGGUGAAUUGUUUUAUUUAAGAAUGAUGCUCACUGUCACAAAGGGUCCUUUAUGCUAUAAAGACAUUAAGAAAGUUGAUGGAAAACAACUUAAAACUUUUAGGGACGCAUGCUUUGCGAUGGGAUUUCUACAAGAUGAUCGAGAAUUUGUCGAGGCGAUCAAAGAGGCACAUCUUUGGGGUUCCGGUCCUUUUUUACGCAAGUUAUUUGUAACAAUGUUGUUAUCUUCUUCCAUGAACAGACCGGAACAUGUGUGGAGAAAGACUUGGAUGUAUUUAUCAGAUGGCAUUCUUUAUGAGCAACGCUUAUUCGCAAGAGAUCAAGGUCUUACAAUGAGCGAUGCCGAGCUAAAAGAAAGGACACUUAUGGCCAUUGAAACACUUUUACAAAAUAAUAAUCGAACUCUGAAAGACUUCAAGACAAUGCCAUAUCCAAAAGAUUUUGUGGUCUCCUUUACUGGAAAUAGGCUACUUUAUGAUGAACUUCAAUAUGAGGUUGUUGCUCAAAAACAAAUUUUUGAUACUUUGUAUGCUUCUCUUACAGAUGAGCAACGAAGCAUUUUUGAGGAAAUCAUGGAUGCUGUAGAAAAACAACAAGGUGGGGUGUUUUUUUUAUAUGGCUAUGGUGGGACUGGUAAGACCUUUAUGUGGAACACUUUAUCAGCAGCACUUAGGUCCAAAAAGAAAAUUGUCUUGCCGGUUGCUUCAAGUGGAAUUGCAAGUUUGUUGUUACCAGGAGGAAGAACAGCUCAUUCUAGAUUUAAGAUUCCCGUUCCUACUUUAGAAACUUCUAUUUGCAACAUUGAAAAAAAAGAUGAUAUUGCUGAGCUUCUUAAGUUUACGGAUUUAAUCAUCUGGGAUGAGGCUCCUAUGGCUAACAAGUUUUGCUUCGAAUCUUUGGACAAAUCCUUAAAAGAUAUCAUGAGUGGCCCCACACAUGCAUCUAAAAAAAUAUUUGGAGGAAAGGUUGUUGUUUUUGGUGGUGACUUCAGACAGAUUCUCCCUGUUAUACCAAGAGGUACUAGAUCUGAUAUUAUCCAUGCAACAAUUAAUGCUUCUUAUAUUUGGGAUCAUUGUAAAGUAUUGAGACUUACAAAAAACAUGAGAUUGCAAAGUGGUCCACCUACUGCUACAGCUGAUGAGAUUAGGAGCUUUUCUGAGUGGAUUUUAAAUAUUGGAGAUGGGACCAUGUGUGAACCUAAUGAUGGUUAUGCUGAUAUCUGUAUUCCAGAUGAGUUCAUAAUUUCAAACUUUGCAGAUCCUAUUCAGGCCAUUGUUGAAGAUACCUACCCUGAUCUCAUUCAUAAUUAUCUUGAUUCCAAUUAUCUUCAAAGUCGUGCGAUUUUAGCUUCAACAAUCGAAGUAGUUGAUGAUAUCAACCAAUAUAUCACUAACCUUCUUCCAGGAGAAGAGAGAGAAUACUUUAGUAGUGAUUCCAUUGAUAGAUCAGAUGUAACUAACUUUGAUGCAUAUGAGCAUGUGACCCCCGAGUUUUUGAAUGCACUUAAAACCUCGGGAUUGCCUAACCAUUCAAUCAAGUUGAAAGUCGGGGCCACUAUUAUGUUAAUGCGCAACCUAGAUCAGUCAGAGGGCUUGUGCAACGGCACACGACUAACUGUAACUAGGCUUGCUGCCCAUGUCAUUGAAGCCAAGAUCAUUUCUGGAAAAAAUAUUGGUAACAUCUUUUAUAUUCCAAGAAUGUCUUUAUCCCCCUCACAGUCUCCAUGGCCAUUUAAAUUGGUGAGGCGCCAAUUUCCAAUUAUUGUUUCCUUUGCCAUGACUAUUAACAAGUCACAGGGCCAGUCACUUGACAAUGUGGGAUUGUAUUUGCCAAAGGAAGUUUUUAGUCAUGGGCAACUCUAUGUCGCUAUCUCAAGGGUCAAAUCCAAAAAGGGUUUGAGGAUUCUUAUUCAUGACAAAGAGAAACAACCUAUGCUCUCUACCACCAAUGUUGUUUUCAAGGAAGUCUUUCAUAACAUUUAA